UUUUAGCUUCGCCUCGACGACGGACGUAACUGCAAACCUGCAAGUUCCAACGACUCCAAAUGUUCUGUUGCUUCGGCAGAUAUUCGAGGCUGGCUCAAAGUCUCAUAACCUGAUUUACAGAGAACCCGCCCAACCAACCAGAGUGCUACAUAUCACAAUCAAGCUCUUCUGGCGCAUCGAUCAACAGCUGAGCCAGACGGCUUAUCCGGCACACAGGGUCACACGGUUGGGUUGCUGUUGUAUUGUUCGUUGCUAUUGUCAUCAUCAUCAAUCACGCGGCUACAAAUGCCGAUGCUUGUCUCUUGUGCAGUUCUUGUGCAUCUCUUCUUCAACUGAUAGGCAUUCCUGAUAUUGAAACCUUGAAAUACCCGGUCCUCGCCGGGAAACUCGGUUCAUAUUGUUUUGCUUGUUCGAUUUCCCACUCUCGGUUGCUGCAUCGACAAAUCGCGGGAGACGGGACGUCUAAGUCGUGGUGGGCUCAGCUCAGUCUCCAGAUAAACCUAAGCCCAGCUGGAGACUUGACUUUUAGCGCUAGACCGCUAUUUUGAGUUCUUCCAAUUGGAGGCCUAUCAUUACACAUUCAGUUCAACAACAGAGGACAGAUGUUGUGAGCUGUUGGCAACGUCUUGUAGGCAUCUCAUAUCAACUUAUCUCGAAUUUGAAGAGGAGAUAAUAACGAUAGCACUUAGAUUGUAACCCAAGUCCCUUAGCCUGUCUCGUUAAAGCAGUUAGUUCCACCUCAUCUUGUUGAUCGUUGGUAACUGUCAUCUGCACCAUCGAGGCACUCACAUCCGGAACCUUUCCUAUUUCGGUUGACGGGCGUUUCCCUACAUCGUCCUGCUCCUUCUCUGUUCCAUUGGAACAGCUGUGAGGUGUGUCAAAAGGCAGGUACGCUGAUCUAGGGCCAGAGGUGGAAAGUGCGGGGGACUCAAUUAUUCAUUACGCCAACAAUUCCCAGCGGUGCAUCAACCUAAGUCACCCACGUCUAACUCUAGCUAACGCUUCAUCUGUGACGCUACUGUUUAUUGCCUCUCAUUAUCUUCUCUGGCUUGCAUUGCAUUGUUGGGAGUCGAGGUCCGUCCGUUGUUGCCCGCUUCCUUCCUAACUAUUUUAACUUAUCACACCCCCGCUCUCGAAUUUAAAGAAGUUACUCUCCACCCCCUGACGAUGGUCAAGAAAGGCAACCACUAAUUUACCGAAUUAAGCAACUUUCCUCCUUCAUCUUUCGUGCUUCUUAUACUUUUCUUUCUACCGUUGAAUUCAAUUAGCUUCAUACAAUCAUUUACUGCUAUUUCUCGCUCUACAUCUCUUCUACUUUCUACGAAACAUACUGCAGACAUUCAUCACGACAGGGGUCAGACCACGUAGUUGGAGAUAAGAUCAACACCAAACAACACGCGCGACACAAUCACCUCCAUGCCAUCUGUGACCCCAGUCAUGGUGAACGGGCUCAAUGGCAGCCAUGCCAAUGGCAACGGCAACAGUCAUGGCCCUGCCUCCGAUUCUGGGUCCGAAACAUCUGGCGACUCCAGCAAUGGCAGUGCCCGUCGUCGCAUGAAGUUGAGCCGCAAAAUGUCUAGCCCUAUGGCACCUCCUUUCAUGGUAUCGGCACCAGGAAAGGUCAUUGUUUUCGGAGAACACUCUGUUGUCCAUGGAAAGGCAGCCAUUGCCGCAGCCAUCUCACUGCGGUCAUACCUUCACGUCACCACCCUCUCCAAGUCGAAACGUACCGUCUCGCUCCGGUUCGCUGAUAUCGGUCUCGUUCAUACGUGGAAUAUUGACGAUCUGCCAUGGGACACAUUCCAACAGCCUUCCAAGAAGAAGUCAUACUACUCUCUCGUAACAGAACUCGACCCUGAUCUUGUUGCGGCCAUCCAACCACACAUCGAAGUAGUCUCACCCAACCACCCAGAGGAGAUUCGAAGAGUUCAUCAUAGCUCUGUCUCAGCUUUCCUCUACCUCUUCCUAUCGCUAGGAUCGCCAUCCUUCCCUCCAUGUCUAUACACUCUCCGAUCAACAAUACCAAUCGGUGCUGGCUUGGGCAGCAGCGCGUCAGUUUCAGUAUGCCUUUCAGCGGCUCUUCUUCUUCAACUACGGACACUAUCCGGCCCUCACCCAGAUCAACCUUCGGAAGAAGCACGACUUCAAGUCGAACGAAUCAACAGAUGGGCAUUUGUGUCAGAGAUGUGUAUUCAUGGGAACCCUUCUGGUGUGGAUAAUACGGUUGCGACACAAGGUAAAGCCGUGGUGUUUCAACGGACAGAUUACUCCAAACCACCGACGGUUCGACCUCUGUGGGAUUUCCCUGAACUGCCUCUGUUGUUGGUGGACACUCGACAAUCCAAGUCUACUGCACACGAGGUUGCCAAGGUUGCAAAGCUCAAGCAAACCCACCCCAAGCUUGUUGGCACGAUCUUGGAUGCGAUGGACAAGGUCACGGAUGCCGCUUCUGAGCUCAUUCAUGACACUUCUUUUGACAGCAAUUCGGAGGCGGACCUCAGCAAGGUGGGCGAGCUGAUGACUAUCAAUCAUGGCCUAUUAGUAUCCCUGGGUGUUUCCCAUCCACGCUUGGAACGAGUGCGAGAACUUGUCGACCAUGAGGGUAUUGGAUGGACAAAGUUGACAGGCGCUGGCGGCGGUGGAUGCUCAAUCACACUUCUACGACCUGGUGUACCCACAGAUAAGCUACAAAAGCUUGAAGAACAACUAGAGUCCGAGAAUUACGCCAAAUUCGAGACGACUCUUGGUGGUGACGGUAUUGGCGUCCUUUGGCCAGCUGUCUUGAAGAACGGUACAGAGGAAGACGACUCGGGUGGUAUGGAGAUUGAUCUUGAGAAGUUCUUGGAAGCCGAGGGCACUGAGGGUGUCGAAAAGCUCGUCGGAGUACAUGGCGAUACUGGAGAAAGAGAAGGAUGGAAGUUCUGGCGAGUUGAAAGCCAGUAAAUCAAUAAUAAGACAGAACACGCUCAAGCUAUUGAGCAUUUGCUCCGAUGAAACCCCUCUGGUUAGCCACGCAGGGUCAAACACAACUAGGACUUGAAGAAACGGUGGAAAAGGCCUCUUUGGGAGUUUUUGGCAUAUAUAUGAUUAUAAUCUAGUAAUGCGACAUGUUCUUUCUACUCACUUCAUUUGGGCACUCUAGGUCUUUGGGAUUUCAAUGCAUAAUGGGAAUACAAUUCUGGGCUCAAGGUAUCAGAUCACACCAUAUCAAAACAUCCCCAACUAUUCUUUUGCG